AUGUAUCCAGGACAACAAUACUCGCAGCAAAAUCAGCAACAGCAAUCACCAAACCAACAAAACCAAAAUUUUUCAGGAGGAUUUGCUUUGCCACCAUCAAAUCAACAAUAUUAUUCACCUCAUAGCGGUUAUCCACCAUCUUCAGGGCCUCCCCCCAAUAGUCAUUUACCUCCGGGACAAUCGCCCUUAGGCGGCUAUACACCACCUCCAGGACCACCACCUAGUGGUUACACGCCACCUCAAGGGCCACCGCCUAGUGGUUAUACAUUGCCACCAGGACCACCACCUGGUAGUUAUGCACCACCUUCAAGUAUUCCAGGACCGCCAUCAAAUGCCUAUCCAACUGGUAGCUAUGUAUCACCUCCCGGACCACCAUCUAGUGGUUACAUACCACCUUCAGGACCACCUCAAGGGCCACCAUCUGGUGGCUAUGCUCCACAAAAUCAGCAAUUUCAACAAAAUCAACAAUUUCAAGGUGGCUACAUGGUUCCGCCACAAAACAUGGGUCAUAGGAAUGGAGGACACAAAAAAGCAUUACUUAUUGGAAUCAAUUAUUUUAACCAACAAGGCGAGCUGAGAGGAUGCUUAAAUGAUGUAGCUAAUAUGAAGAGAUUUUUAAUGGAAUUAUAUGGAUUCCAAGAAACUGAUAUGGUGAUUUUGACUGAUGAUCAGAAAGAUCCAACAAGGAUCCCAUAUAAAGCUAAUAUCCUGGAAGCAAUGAAAUGGCUUGUACGAGAUGCCCAACCAGGAGAUAUUGGACAUGGAGGCCAAGUGAAAGAUACAAAUGGAGAUGAAGAUGAUGGAUUUGAUGAGACUAUUGUACCAGUCGAUUAUUCACAAAAUGGACAAAUAAUUGAUGAUGAAAUGCAUGAAAUCAUGGUAAAGCCACUUAUAGAGGGCGUAAGAUUAUUUGGAAUUUUUGAUUCAUGUCAUUCUGGAUCAGCACUUGAUUUACCAUAUACAUAUUCCACUCGUGGAAUGAUUAAAGCACCCAAGUCUAUUACUGAGGAUAAAAGCCAACUUAUGCAAGUUGGUAUGUCACUUUUGAAAGGUAAUAAGGCACAAUUAUUUUCAUUUGCAAAGAACAAUGCAUCAUCAUUUAUGAGGACUGGAAAAAAUUUAAUGAACAAGUCGAGUAAAGCAGAUGUGAUCACGUUAAGCGGGUGCAAAGAUGAACAGACGUCAGCAGAUGCUUAUGAAGAAGGAAGCAAUACAGGAGCCAUGUCUUAUGCUUUUAUCAAAGCAAUGAGAGAAAAUAGAGAACUUACAUAUCAGCAGCUUUUGAAUAAUAUCAGAGACAUUCUUGCACAUAAACAAUAUUCGCAAAAACCUCAGAUUAGCUCGUCACAUUAUAUUAACAUGAAUACAAAAUUUAUUAUAUGA